AUGGAACACGAGGGUUUAAUGGAAGUUGUCUUUAUGCUGGAAUUUAACGCUAUUAUUAGCCAUUUCAUUUAUCAUUAUGAGUCAGGAUACAAGGACAUGCCAACACUAUCUGGACGACUAUUUCCCAAAACAAAACUGGGACCGGAGCAAACGAUAGCACUUUCACUCCUCGAUGCAACUACACUCAAUUUUGCUCACACAUGUGUGGUCUGGCUGUGUGAAGCCCCAGAUCGCAUUAGAGACGACAGCUUUUACCUAGCCGACCACCUUCGUGAGUCGCUCCGGACCACUUUGGACGCCUACCCGCAAUGGUGUGGCCAGAUUUAUGGCAUAACUACCCUCGACGGUACAACGGAGACAUAUGCAGCCGACCGCCCACGCCAUACACGUCGCCUCGGUCGACUUCAUGUUCAUUAUGGGAACCCCCAAGAUCCUGGGGUCGAGUUUAUAGUCGCUGAUUCUACGGCAACUCUCGAUAUGCUAUCUCCAGCCUAUCGCAUGACAGAUCAGCCUCUCUGGAACCGGCAGAAUGUACCAUUGAAGGAGUUUGUCCCUUCGACUCCAUUAUCAAAAGCACUGCAGCCUGUCCCCGUGGAUAAAGAGGGUAUUCCCGCACCCUUGCUGGCCGUCCAAAUGACAAGCUUGGCCUGCGGCGGGUUCAUAUUGGGAGUAAAUAGUGUCCAUCCCAUGGCCGACGUGCAGUCACUAGUUCACUUUGUAAAGGACUGGGCCAGCGUCAGCAGAUCAGUCCUCUCAAUUGAGCCUUUAUCAGUUUUACGGCCUCAGUUUAAGCCAGAGCUAUUGGACUCCUUAGCCUCAGGUGAUAUCGAGGCCGACACGCCAGACUCAGCAAUCGUUAAGCAGGCUGAAAGCAUGCCCCUCCAUCGAUACGACUGGUGGACACCAUCGCCUGGUUGCCCCUGGCCCAUAAAGGUGCCGGAUGCAUUAGCCGGCAAGGAGAUUCUACCGGCUGGCAAACCGAUGCCAUGGUCGGAUUGGGAUGUAACACAGCCUGUCUCGCACUAUGUCGUUCACUUGAAUCAAUAUCAGGUAGACCUUAUUGUGAAGUGCUCAACGCGCUCAUCUGAUGGAUCCUCCACUGGAACGGCCCCAGGCCGCCUCAGCCAGCACGAUGCUAUACUAGCCCAUAUUUGGUCCUGUAUAAAUCGUGCUCGGAAGCUGGAACAAAAUAACCAACCGGUUCACUGCAACCUGGUAUUAGGAGUGCGGCCUGCGUUUAAAUUCAGUCAAUCUUUUAUGGGAUCACCCGUCAUCAUGAUAAACAUUGAGCUUCCAGUAGUGGCCGUAACGGCCACAUUAAAAUCUUCUGGGAAUGCAAACACUCCGGUUUUACAGCCCAUUGCACAACAUAUCCGUCAGACUAUCAGCCAAGUGAAUCAGCCGGCUCUUCUUGCCGCUCAUCUUCAUAGCCUAGCGUAUGAGGAUUCGCCACAGAGAAUUUGGCAGGCAUUCUUGGGUCGACGCCAUAUCCUGGUGACAACAUGGGCGCGUGCGGGUCUUUAUGAAGUAGAUUUUGGACUGAGAUCAUCACCCAUGAUUCGCUAUGCCGACGGCAUGGUACCAGACAUGGACGGCAAUGUCUUGAUAAAGGAGGCCCCGCCAUUGAGGGAGAAUACCACUGAUGGAGAUGACUCGCCGCGCUCUUGGACUAGGAAUGGUGUGGAUAUCUCUCUUCGUCUUCGGACUGAGGAUAUGAAUCGUUUAGUUAAUGACCCUUUGCUCUUCCCCUAA